GAAAAAAAAAGAAAAGAAAAAUCCCCAAUCUCGCGUUGAUCCUCUCUCUCUCUCCUCCGCUUCAAUCCUCCACGUCGCCCAACCCAAAACCAUAGAGAGAGAGAGAGAUGGUUUGUGAAGGAUGAGUGGGUGGAGGUCUCCUUCUUCUUCUUCUUCUUCCUCCUCCUCCUCCUCCAUUGAUGCUCUUCUCCUCCUCCCAACCCUCUCCAAUGGCGGCUCGCAAUGCCGUCGCCAUCAACCUCUCCUUCGCUCCCAUUCCUACUUCGUCGUCGUCGCCGCUGUCGUCGAUGUUUAGGAAGCCGAUGAAGCCAAUGGCGGUGGUCGUGAGCUGCGAAAGGAGAGACUUCUACGGCUAUCUGGCAGCUAGGAUACUGGGCCCUCCAUCAACAUUCGAGGCCUCGAAGUUGAAGGUCGAGUUCGACGGCGAAGAAAUGAACAAACAGCCAUUCUGCACCAUUCCAAGAGCCUACACUCUCACUCACUGUGACCUAACAGCUAAUUUGACACUAGCUGUUUCCAGUAGUAUCAGUAGUGAGCAGUUGCGGAUCUGGCAAUCGACAUUGCAGAUGGAUGAUGUCGUGGCCGAAUGGAAGAAGGUGAAAGAUGAGAUGUCUUUGCAUGUUCAUUGCUAUGUGAGUGGGGCUAAUCGUUUGCAGGACCUCGCAGCUGGGUUUAGAUAUCACAUCUUCUCUAAGGAGCUCCCAUUGGUUCUCAAAGCUGUAAUCCAUGGAGAUGCUGCUCUCUUCACACAACACCCAGAAUUGAUGGAUGCAAAGGUGUGGGUGUACUUCCAUUCAAGAUCAAAGAAGUAUAAUCGGAUAGAAUGCUGGGGCCCACUCAAGGAAGCCACACAGAGAAAGUUUAUGGAUCAAUCAGAUGACUUCCAAAGUGCAAUUGUACAAAGAACUAUGAAGUUUUUUAGCCCUAAAACGAUCUUAGCCGCUCUAGUCACAUUUCUCUUCUGAACCAGAACUUACAACCAAUUUGAUUAUAGAGCAGUCCCUGAAGAGGAUAGGUGUAUUACUAAUUAUUAUAUCAUCCAUUCUUUGAUUACAUCUGUUCUUCUGACGAUGGACUAGCAUUUGAAUUGUACCUAUUUUUGCGUGCAUUCACGCAUUGAAAGUGCGCCAACAAAAGAUGAAAUACACAAACUUGCUUAUGCAAUCAAAGCAUUGAGCAAAUUAAUGGCUGAUUCUUUUGUAUAACUCUCCUUGUUUCUGAUAAAGAUUCAGAAUCGUAUGCAUAAUGGUUGGUUAA